AGCACUAUUGCGCAUGUGCAGCCGUGUUGUCACCCUUAGCUUCAGACCUGUAGUGAUUUUUGAGGAUUAGGCUAUAGUCAUCAUGAAGGCUCUUAGGGGAAUGGUGAGCGGAGCUGUCAGCGAAAUAUCAUCUGCGGUUACCGGAACCAAACACGUCGCCGUUCGGGAAAAUGUCCUUGCCGUGACUCGUGACUACAUUUCUCAGCCGAGAUUGACAUAUAAAACCGUGGCUGGUGUUAAUGGACCCCUGGUGAUUUUGGAUCAAGUGAAGUUCCCCAGGUAUGCUGAGAUUGUCCAUCUGACGCUUCCUGAUGGCACCAAGAGGAGUGGACAAGUGCUGGAGGUCACAGGUUCUAAAGCUGUGGUUCAGGUGUUUGAGGGAACAUCUGGUAUUGAUGCCAAAAAAACCACAUGCGAAUUUACAGGGGACAUUUUGCGUACACCUGUGUCCGAGGAUAUGCUGGGUCGUGUGUUCAACGGAUCAGGAAAGCCGAUUGAUCGAGGACCUACAGUGUUGGCGGAGGACUACUUGGACAUCAUGGGUCAGCCGAUUAAUCCUCAGUGUCGUAUUUAUCCUGAGGAAAUGAUCCAGACCGGCAUCUCUGCCAUUGAUGGCAUGAACAGUAUUGCCAGAGGACAAAAAAUUCCCAUUUUCUCAGCGGCUGGUCUACCCCACAAUGAGAUUGCUGCACAGAUCUGUCGUCAGGCGGGAUUGGUGAAGAAAUCCAAAGAUGUGAUGGAUUACAGUGAGGAUAACUUUGCCAUUGUGUUUGCUGCCAUGGGGGUCAACAUGGAGACUGCAAGAUUUUUUAAGUCUGAUUUUGAAGAGAACGGGUCCAUGGACAACGUGUGCCUCUUUUUAAAUUUGGCCAAUGACCCCACGAUUGAACGCAUCAUCACCCCUCGGCUUGCACUUACGGCAGCUGAGUUUCUGGCUUACCAGUGUGAGAAACACGUGCUGGUCAUAUUGACUGACAUGAGCUCUUAUGCCGAGGCUUUACGAGAGGUCUCUGCGGCUCGAGAAGAGGUUCCUGGUCGACGUGGUUUCCCAGGUUACAUGUACACCGAUCUGGCCACGAUAUACGAGAGGGCUGGACGUGUGGAGGGACGCAAUGGCUCCAUCACUCAAAUCCCAAUCCUCACUAUGCCCAACGAUGAUAUUACCCAUCCUAUUCCGGAUUUAACUGGCUACAUCACUGAGGGUCAAAUUUAUGUGGACAGACAGCUUCAUAACAGACAGAUCUAUCCUCCUAUCAAUGUACUACCUUCUUUGUCUCGAUUGAUGAAAUCAGCCAUCGGCGAGGGAAUGACACGCAAAGACCACUCAGAUGUUUCUAAUCAGUUGUAUGCUUGCUAUGCUAUUGGGAAAGAUGUGCAGGCAAUGAAGGCCGUGGUUGGUGAAGAAGCACUGACAUCAGAUGACUUGUUAUACUUGGAGUUCUUACAGAAAUUUGAGAAGAACUUUAUUGCACAGGGUGCAUAUGAGAAUCGAACGGUGUUCGAAACAUUGGACAUUGGCUGGCAGCUCUUGAGAAUCUUCCCCAAAGAGAUGCUGAAGAGGAUUCCUCAGAGCACUCUGGCUGAGUUUUAUCCCCGAGACUCCAAACAUUAGUAUUGCUUUUGUCCUUGUUCAUUCACUUAUCUGCAGCCGUUUGCCCCUGGAUCUUCAUCCUAUCCAAGUGAAUCAGUUAUGAAUCUUUCUUCUACAUUUUAGAUGUUACUCAAUCUCUCUGAUGAAGUACACCAAGUAUACACUGACGGAUUACAAAGUUGUUUUUCAUUGCUGCUCUUGGUAUUUAUUUAUUGUGAAAGUUUUGCUAAGUCGUAAUGAAAAUAUUGUAUUAAUAUCGUCGCUACACUAUAGUGUGCAAGUUCUUUAGUGUGUUGCUCAGUGUGUCAAACAGUGUUCUGACCAUGUGUUGAUUUAUUUCAAAAAGUGCAAAGAUUAAUGUAUAAUGGCUUAAUGUAUUCUGUGAUUUUUUUUUUCAUCAUUAUAAUGAAUUCACUACAUAUCUAGAAGUACAAGUAUCAUAAAGUAUAAAAGGAAGCCAUAUGUUCAUAGAAUGCAUUAAAAGGGAAUAGAUAAGCACAGUGGCCCUAUCAAAUCAUUUAAAGAAAUCCAAACACUGAGCAAUAUAUUUUUUUCAUGCAUUGUCUUAUUGUUAGUUAAUUUAUGUUUUGUAUAAAAAUGUGUAAUUUAUAGUUGUGUAAGAAGUGUAUUUAUUAUAAUUUAUUUUGGUGCCAUAAAUAUUUACUGUGAUACAGUGCUUAAUAUCACAUGAAUUCAUUAUGAAGCGAUUAUCCUAAUGCAUGAACACUAUAUUGGAAAUAUGUAUGUGACCACUUACUUCAUUAAAUAAACUAUGAUGUGGUGUAAAUGAUGAAAGUAAUCAAAUAUAAUACUUUAGCAAUGCACA